AUGUCUACCAAGCAGCAGCUGAAUCGAGCGGACGGAAUUGAUCUGCAACCUACAACACUCCACCCUACUCCAGUCCCCGUUCCACAUGAACCGCGCUGCUUUCCUAUCCUUCCCGGUGACAUCCCGAGCCGGGAUGUUCUGCAUGCCCGACUUCGAGUCUGCAUGCUGCGUCUCGUGGCGACCAUGCGCGGGACACAGCAGACUCUCGGCUACUUCGAACAGGCAAUUGAGAGCGUCCAAGAAGAGGAGGAGGAGCGCCGUGGACAGUAA